UGACACAUGUUAUGUUUCCUCUGCGACUCUUGCCUUGCCGGAGAAGACACGCCACCUUCGGAUUCCAGAACUUCUAACUUUAACGCCACUUCUCAACUGUACGCGACAAAAACCAAACCACUCCCAAAUUCGGUUUUAAGAAAGACAAAAAAAAUGUCUCUUCCUUGGCUUCCAUGUCAUCCGCCACACCACGGCCACCGAUGUCCGACGUGUCACUCUCACGCCGGAAACUAACGUCAACGGCCAUCCACAUCAUGGCCUUGGACGGCAUCUUCAACGUCAACUCGCUUUUCACCUUCGCGCUCUUCCUCGGCCUCUCGUGGUACCCCACCAACGACCCCAGCUCCACCCUCGUCGGCGGCGCGUGCAUAGCCAGCACCGCCAUCGCAGAAGACCUCGUGGCCUUCCACGUCUACUCCUUCAGCUCCUUCCUCUUCUCCAGCCUCAUCGCCUUGGCUCUCAAGCAGGCCAUCAAGAUUAGCAAAAGCGGCCAUGAAGUUAGGAUCGGUGGCCGUGGUGGUGAUCAGGUGUUCAGUGUCACCAAGGGGCAUCUUAACACGGCCACGUUGCGGGCCGGCAUACUCGUUUCUGCAUUCGGGUCGGUUUUCGGGUGUGGGUUCUUGAUGAUGGCACUGGUUGACUUGGUUCAGAUCAAGCUGGGGGUAUUGGGUUGUGGGAGUUGGUAUACUUUCGCAGCAAUUGGUCCUCUGGUUAUUUUGGUUCCUCUGGCACUCGUCAUUUAUGUCUUUCUUGUGCUCUACGCUUUUGCUCGCGGGAUUGUUCCAAGGCCUACUGUGAAGAAGAAGCAGGAAGUGUCAUUGAGAGGAGGAAGAAGGGGUUUGAAGAGUGGAAGCUUUCUAAUGGAAAGGGUUUUGUGUGGAAAUUCAUCAGAUUCAUAUUCUAGGAUUCCUGCAACAGUGGAGUUGUCGAAAGUGCCUAGGCCAGUCACAUAUGGUCUAGCGGCCAUGAAGAAUGUGGCGUUUGGGAAUUUGGCUUUGGUGUUUAGAACAACAUUUGUUGUCUGUCCUGGGGCUAUGACAAGUGUGUUGGUCUCAAAAGAGUUGCCUUCCAUGGCAAAUAAUCAUAAUACUAUUUUGAGUUUCCGUUCACUCUGUUUCAUCAUCUUCAUCCUCUGUGCCUUCUCAUUCAUCUCAUUCCUCUAUUGGUGCCACUGCUCAGAUUCAGUGCCAUGCUACUCCCGUUACCAAGCAACUGAGCAAAAGCAGAAUCUGAAUCAACCUAUUAACCUCCUUACAUUCCCAUCUGCAUGGAAUCAUCUUUCCUUUUCCUCAGAACCGCCUGCAAAACUGCUUAAGAUUGCACUCUUUGUCAAGAAAUGGCCUGAAAAAUCUCAUGCAGGGGGGCUUGAACGACACGCCUUGACCCUACACCUUGCCCUUUCCAAAAGAGGCCAUGAGCUUCAUAUUUUCACCACAUUUCCCUCAAACUCUUCCUUCCCGAGAUACCCAAUGAGGAAUUUAUAUUUUCACCUCUCAAAACCAACAGCUGCGGGUUAUCUGGAUCAAGCUUCUGUAUGGAAGCAAUUUCAGACUCAAAAUUCAUCCGGAAGGCCUUUUGAUGUCGUCCACACAGAGAGUGUUGGUCUCAGGCAUACAAGAUCGCGGUAUCUGACCAACUUAGCUGUUUCUUGGCAUGGGAUUGCAUAUGAAACCAUUCACUCUGACAUCAUUCAAGAACUUUUGCGACCUCCUAAAGAACAGCAGGCACACGCAUUGACUGAAAGAGCUAUGAAGGUUGUGGAAGAGGUGAAUUUCUUCCCAAGGUAUGCCCACCAUAUUGCUACAAGUGAUCAUGCUGGAGAUGUCUUGAAAAGAAUCUACAUGAUCCCAGAAGAAAGAGUUCAUAUCAUUCUCAAUGGUGUAGAUGAGGAGCUUUUCAAGCCAGAUGUUGCCAAGGGAAAUGAAUUUAAGAAGAAGUUUGGCAUUCCGGUUUCUAAGUUAUUAGUUCUGGGAAUGGCAGGGAGGUUGGUGAAGGACAAAGGACACCCGUUAAUGUUUGAAGCUCUGAGGGAAAUGUUCAAGGAAAAUGAAACAUUCCGGGAAACCAGCGCUGUUCUGGUUACCGGCGAUGGUCCUUGGGCCGCAAGAUACAGAGAUCUUGGGGUAAAUGUUCUGGUUCUGGGGCCGCUGGAACAAGCUCAACUGGCAAGGUUUUAUAAUGCCAUUGAUAUUUUUGUAAACCCAACUCUUCGAGCUCAGGGGUUGGAUCAUACUCUGUUGGAAGCCAUGCUUUCUGGUAAGCCGGUAAUGGCUACAAGGCUGGCCAGCAUUACAGGGUCUGUGAUUGUUGGUACAGAAAUUGGCUAUACAUUUUCUCCAACAGUAUCUUCAUUAAAAGAGACCCUUUAUAGAGCUUGGCUUGAUGGCAGGGGAGUUCUGCAGAAGAAAGGUCAGGUUGCUUUUCAGAGAGGUUUGGAGUUGUUCACGGCCACCAAGAUGGCUGCUGCAUAUGAGAGACUAUUCCUUUGCAUUUCGGAUGGUGGGAACAAAAGUGACAAUUAUUGUCAGUACCACUCUCCACUCAAUUAA